AUGAAGGUCUUCGCAAAGCGACUCUCUCCGUUCAGGAUUCCUCAGUCGCGCAUCAGCGUGCUAUGUGGGUUUUAUGCCAUAGGAACCACUCGGGCACAUUUACAAAACUACAUCCUAGGAGUGUCGGAAGGCCACGUUUGCAUUCUCAGUCUGGUCGGUGUCGGUUACAGAGCUACUGUCGAAUCAACGGCAACCACCGUCGAACCUGAAUACCCCGGCCAGCAGUUUGUCUCCCUCAAGGUUGGAUACUCCCACCCGAUUGAGUUGGGUGUUCCACAGGGUGUCAAAGCAAGCACUCCGCAGCCGACGCGUAUUUUGCUGGAGGGUGUCAACAAGAACGUCGUGACGAAAUUUGCGGCCGAAAUCAGAGAAUGGCGCAAGCCUGAACCAUACAAGGGCAAGGGUAUUUUCAUCAACGGGGAGACAAUCAAAUUGAAGGCCAAGAAAAUCCGGUAG